AUGGAGUCAAGCGACCACGACGUCGAGAAGCGCGUUACUCCUCCUCCCGGAGGCCAUGUCGUCGCCCCUGGCGAGAUUGUCGGCGACCAUGGCGCCGACAGUGAGCUGCAGCGUCGUCUCAGCAGCAGACAUAUUACCAUGAUUGCCCUGGGCUCUUCGAUCGGCAUGGGUCUCUGGCUGGGUAGCGGUUCGAGUUUGUCUGCGGGCGGUCCUGCUGCCAUCUUCAUCGGCUACCUUCUCUCCGGUUCAAUGAUUUGGGCUGUGUCGCAUUCGAUUGGUGAGAUGGCAGUCAUGUAUCCUCUGCCCUCUGCUUUCGUUCAAUGGUCCAACAAGUUCGUCGAUCCUGCUGCUGGUUUUACUCUCGGAUGGUGCUACUGGUUCUCAUUCUGGAUCACCAUUGCGAACGAGCUUCAGGGUGUGGUAACUGUCCUCUCUUUCUGGACCGAUAAGGUACCUACAGCAGCCUGGAUUACCAUCUUCUGGGUUGUCAUUAUCCUUAUCAAUAUCGGUGCCGUUACACUCUUCGGAGAGAUCGAGGUCAUUGCAUCCGCCAUUAAGUUCGGGUGGAUCUUUGUUGUCAUCAUCUCCUUCAUUGUCAUCUCUGCAGGUGGCGCCCCGAAUCAUGACGCUGUUGGCUUCCGCUACUGGACGCAGACGCAUGGCUUCACCCACGGAUUCAAGGGUUUCCUUGCUGUCAUGCCUACUUGUAUCUUCGCCAUGUCUGGAUCAGAGAACGCUGGUCUGGUCGCCGCUGAGACAGGAAACCCACGCAAGUCUGUUCCGAAGGCAGUCAGCUCCAUCUGGAUCCGACUUGCUCUCUUCUACAUCUUGGGAUCUCUCAUGGUGACCAUCACCGUCUCGCCUUACGAUGAGGACCUCUUCGGUGGCUCUGGCACUAACGCAUCCCCAUUUGUCAUUGCUUACCGCAAUGCCGGCCUCGCCCCAUUGGCUCACAUCAUGAACGCCAUUAUUUUCAUCUCUGUUGUUUCAACUGGUAGUAUUUCCGGCUACGCUGGCUCCCGAACUCUGGUCGGACUUGCUCAGAUCGGCAUGGCACCCAAGAUCAUGAUGAAGGCUGAUAGCUGGGGUCGCCCAUGGUACGGUCUUGUGCCUACUUUGUUGAUUGGUGGCGCCCUUGCAUACCUCAACGUUGAUCACACCGGAGCCGAAGUCUUUGGAUGGUUCUCCAACCUGACCUCCCUCUUCACUCUCUAUGGCUGGGGCAUGAUCUGCCUGUCCCACAUCCGCAUGAGACGCGCUUGGAAGAUCCAGGGACGCGACGUCCACGAGCUGCCGUGGAAGACAUGGACAUGGCCGUGGGCUGCUUACUGGGGUCUCGCCUGGUGCAUUAUUCUCAUCAUCGCCGAGUUCUACCUGGCCGUCUGGCCUCUCGGUGAGAAGUCGUCUGCAAGGAGCUUCUUCGCAGUCUACGUCUCCGUCAUUGCAGCUGUCGUGAUUUACAUCGUUGCUAAGCUGGCCUACUUCCGAGGCCGUCGGUGGGUCGACUGCGCCACCAUUGACCUGGACGAGGGUCGCAGAUUCUAUGCCGAGCACGAGAUCGCUGAAAGCAAGGGCAAGCUCGGAAACAAGCUCACUGGCUGGAUUCAUCACAUCUAG